UGAGCAGCAAACCUAGGGAGCUCCAAGUGGGACAUGGGCCUGGGAGUCUGUGUUAGAGACGGGGUGAAGGAGAAUGGGACCUGCCUUCCUUCCUGGCCUGGGAAAGGCGGCUGUCCUGUUUGCUGCCCCUUCCCCCUUUGUCUGUCUAGCAGGGGCUGGAGGUGGGGAGGAGUCUGGGACACUGGAAGGACUCAGCUCCCCCCCAAGGAAGAGGAACCUUGAGGUCCCUGUCGGCUCCACCUGCAGGUUCUCCUUGCAUCAAAUCACAGGCCAGUCUGCGUCCUCUCUGGACACUGGGGGGGGUCACUGCUCACAGGGGGUGUCUUCCGCUUCUCAGCCCCCCGCCUGCCCCAGCUGGUUCCACUGGGGGGUCAGACCGGCCCCCAGCCUGCCUGCGCACAGCCCCUGCCUAUGUCAUGUCACACACUCGGCUCCCCUUCUGCCCCAGCUGGUUCCGCUGGGGGGUCAGACAGGCACCCAGGCUGCCUGCGCACAGCCCCUGCCUAUGUCGUGUCACACACUCGGCUCCACGCCUGAGGGCCUGUGAACACCAGCUCUCCCGGGCCAAGCAGCAGCAGCAUUUUUAUGGUGUCUGUCCCCAGCGCUUGGGCCUGCUGGGCUGCAUGGGAAGCCCCUGGUGCAGUCCGGGAAUAGCUGGUCCCAGCUGCUCGUAGCAGGAACCGGUGUCUUCCACAGGGGCUGCCUGUUUGGAUGGUCUCCCCUGGGGCUUAAUGGGCCGUAGCAGGUUCCAGACCAGUCCUGGGGCCCUGCCCAGAUGCAGGGGGAAACUAGGGCCGGAGUCACUUGCCUCUGGUUCCGAGUCGCCCUUGGGUGUGUUGCGACCUGCCGAGGAUCCUUGAUGCACUGUUUCCGCUGGCACUAGCUGCUGGCUUUUCUUAGGUGCCUCGGAGGCUACCGGGGCCACAGGCUGAACUUUGCCUCUUGUGAGCAGGGGCAAAGGGAAUCUCGCACGUCCCCCUGCACCUGGUCUCUGCAUGAGCCACCUGCGGUGCUCUCGGUCCCGGCCCCUUCGCCGGUUCAGUCGUGACGGCCCCUUGGGGGGUGGUGCUGCUGCUCUGACUGCCCCCCGCGCGGGAGCUCCUGCCUUGCUGAGGUCUGGCGGAGAUGCUGCUGCUCAGACCCAUUGUGAGAGGACCCUGGGUCCUCCAGAGAACACCUAGAUUGGUAGCUGUAGCCUGGGGGUCCCACCCACAAGCCUGUGCUGCCUGGACCCCCUCCCGCACUCAUGGCACCUGCAGCCCAGGCGAUGGCAGCUGGAGAUGGAAGGUCACUGCCAUGGGGGCUCUGCUGGGCCUGGGCACAGGCUUGGCCUACGGAGAUCACCGCAGACGGGCGGCGGAGGCCGAGCCGAAGGCCGAGGCCACGCCUGGGGUGCCAUACCCUGUGUUCACCCGCCAGGAGGUGGGGCAGCACCGCAGCCUGGCUGAGCGGGUCUGGGUGACCUACGGAGGCGAAGUCUUCGACAUCACUGACUUUGUGGAGCUGCAUCCGGGGGGCAAGAGCAAGAUCCUGCUAGCAGCGGGGGGCGCCCUGGAGCCCUUCUGGGCCAUGUACGCCGUGCACAGCCAGGAGCAUGUGCUAGAGAUUCUGCAGGCCUACAAGGUGGGGGAGCUGAGCCCUGAGGAGCAGAGCCAGCCCAGCCAGGGGGACCCCUACUCCGGGGACCCCCCUCGGCACCCCGCCCUCAAAGUCAACAGCCUCAAGCCCUUCAACGCGGAGCCGCCAGCCGAGCUGCUGACCGAGAACUACCUGACGCCCAACCAGCUGUUCUUCAAACGCAACCACCUGCCGGUGCCGGCCGUGGACCCCGCCAGCUACCGGCUGCAGCUGGAGGGGCCGGGGGGCCGGGUGCUGGCGCUCUCUCUGCCUGAGCUCAAACGCCGCUUUCCCAAGCAUGAGGUGACGGUGACCCUGCAGUGCGCCGGGAACCGCCGGUCAGAGAUGAGCCGCGUCCGGCAGGUGAAGGGGCUGGAGUGGGGGGUGGCAGCCAUCAGCACAGCCCGCUGGGGUGGCGUCCGGCUCCGGGAUGUCCUGGCGCACGCCGGCUACGCGGAGGAGGAGGAGGCCGAGGAGCAGCACGUCUGUUUCGAGGGCCUGGAUAAGGACCUGAGUGGGGUGGCCUACGGUGCCUCCAUCCCCUACCGCACGGCCAUGGGCCGCGAGGCCGACGUGCUGCUGGCCUACGAGAUGAACGGCGAGGAGCUGCCGCGGGACCACGGCUACCCACUGCGGGUGGUGGUGCCGGGCGUGGUGGGCGCCCGCAGCGUUAAGUGGCUGGGUCGGGUCUCUGUGAGCCGGGAGGAGAGCCCAAGCCACUGGCAGCGGAAUGACUACAAGGGCUUCUCGCCCGCCGUGGACUGGGACACGGUGGAUUUCACCACAGCGCCCGCCAUCCAGGAGCUGCCUGUCCAGUCGGCCAUCACGGAGCCCACGCCGGGGGCUGCUGUCCCGCCCGGGGAGCUGACAGUCAAGGGCUAUGCCUGGAGCGGGGGCGGGCGUGGCGUGGUGCGCGUGGACGUCUCGUUAGACGGCGGCCGGACGUGGCGCGUGGCCGAGCUGAUGGGCGAGGAGCAGCGGCCGGGCCGGGCCUGGGCCUGGCGCCUGUGGCAGCUCACGGCCCCUGUCCCCCCCGACGCCGCAGAGCUGAACAUCGUCUGCAAGGCCGUGGAUGCCAGCUACAAUGUGCAGCCUGACACGGUGGAGCCCAUCUGGAACCUGCGGGGAGUGCUGAGCAAUGCCUGGCACCGCGUCCGCGUCACCGUGCCUGAGGAUUAACGGGGGAGGAGGGUGUCAGGUCCCGGCCGCUCAGUGGCCACCAAUGGUCUGCGGAAGCACGGGGGGGAGGGCAGGGGAGACAUGCAGCCCUCCCCAGUGCCCUCUGCCCCCUCCCCGGAUGGAUCGAGAUGGGUGGCUGAGUCGGGGAGGGAGUCCCUGAAACGGAUCCACCCAGCCCCAAGGGGGGAGCUUGGAGAGGACGAUUUAGGGACAGCCCCUCCCGCCUCUCCAGGGCUCCCUUCCCGUGGGCCUGGCCUGGGAACGAUCCUCUCUUGGGAGGGGUCUGAUGAGCAGCGACCCCCAGGGAGGAGGCCGGGGGACAGCCAGGCUGGCCCCAGGGUGAGCUAGGAGCCGGGGCUGUGGCCCUUGGUGAAAUGAGUUUGGUGGGUCUCAGCCUAGUUCCCACGAGGGUGGGGGAGGGGGGCCUUAGCACUGAAAUACCAUUCCCGCUCGCCCCAAGUGUCCCCUCGAUGGCGAGCCCCCCUCUCCCCCCUCCCCCCCCCGCUGGACUGGCCUGCAGGGACGGAGCUUAUUCCAGGGGCAGGGAGAGGAAGCAGUUCCUGGCCUGGGGCCAGGAUGGCAGUGCCCAGUUCUCCCGCUGGUGCCGUUGUUCUUGCCCACGUCCCCCCACAUUAACCCAGAGUAAAAUCCUCUCCUCCUUCUGGCAGCUGUCCCCUUCUCCCCAUCUGCCCUUAGUGCCCGUGCCAGCCUGUGCUCCUCCGCCUGCCUUCAGCACGACGUGCUUUCUGGUUCGGAGCCCGUUCAUCCUCUGCUCCCCGGCGCUGCCCCCGCACUCACCUCCCUCCUGCCGCGUAGCUGGCCUGUUCGCCAACCGAUCCACCGCGUCUCGGCCUGAGCCCUUCCUCUGCUCGGGGCAAACACCUCGGCUCUUCCCGUCCCAUCCCUGGUGCUGUUCUGGGCCGGGCCAAAGUCUGAUUGCUUUACAGCUGCAGCGAAGUGUCAGACGCAGGCAGCUGUAAAGAUUGUGCCGUGUUUAUGGACUCGUCUCGUUAAUUUACAGGGCAGCUAGCUACCCACCGAGGCUUUGCGAGGUUAACUGUUGCCUGGGGUCAGGCUGAGGAUAAAACCCUGGUGGAAGUCAGGGGUCCCUGAUCUGAGUUCUCCUCACAGCAGGAGCUGAGCAUGAGUCUGACGAGCUCAUGUCCGGGCAUGGGAAUGAUCUGACUUCUAAACAGAUCAAACCACCCCAGCCAUGCUGCCUAGCCUGGCUCUGCUGGUGCCAUCUGCCUUGAGCUGGGAUCAAGCGGCGGGUGAGAGGAUUUUCCUCUGAUUCCCCCCACUAGGAAAAUGCUACAUAAAUGUCCCCUGUGCUGUGGUCAAUAUCAGUCUGCUGAGAUGUUAAAAGCCGUACGCUGGCUGGGGAUUCUCCACCAGGAUGUGCGGCUUCCACAGAGUUCAACUUUUUUCCCCCAGGAAAAUUUCAGGGUUUUUUCCCCUGACACUUCUCAAUUUUCUGUUGAGAAAAUUUUUAAAUAAAAUCUUUUGUCUGAGGCUGA